CUCAAUAAGAAACAAAAAAACGGACUGAGACGGGGGAGAAGAACUAGGCAGCCUUGUACGGAACUCGUAAUUUGGGAUUGAAUUUUUGCAACGAAGGAAGGGAACAAUGGACAUCAGACUCCCAUGGAAUGGAAUGGAUGAUGAUUCUUCCAUUACUUUCUAGACCGACAAACCAGCUGAAGAAGAAGAUUUUCCUUCUCAAUCUAUAACCCCAUCUCCUUCAAUCAAUUCCGACUUUCUCCCACCCACUCUCCUUCUCGCCGCCGGCGCCGAUCAUGUCUUCCCCAUCCUUCCCUCCUUCCAUGGACCCUCCCGCCCAACAGAUCCCUCUCUUACCCUCUCGUCAGCCCUCCAACUCUGACGGCUCCACUUCCCCCAUCGGCCCCCUCGCCCUUCUCUUGGGUCGCGCCACUGGCCGCCGUGGAACUUCUAUGCUGGUUCGGGAGACGGCAGCUCGUGAACUUGAAGAGCGCCGCAUCGAUUGGGGCUAUUCUAAGCCUGUGGUAGCCCUUGACAUUAUGUGGAAUUUAACUUUCGUUUUCGUUUCGCUGGGUGUGCUUAUUCACUCCGCUGAUGAAAAACCCAAUACGCCAAUUCGCCUUUGGAUUGUAGUUUAUGCGGCUCAGUGCUUGCUGCACACCGUGCUUGUGUGGUUUGAGUUCAGAAGGAGAAAUGCGAGGAGGGCUAGGGAUAUGGAGACGCAGCAACAGCAGCAGCCUGACGGAUAUGUAACUAAUGAAAGCGAUGAUGAAGAUGGUAGCCACAGGAAUCUGUCCGGUGUUGCAAAAAGAUGUGAGUCAGUGAACACUCUGGUAUCGUUAAUUUGGUGGUUGUUUGGCUUUUACUGGGUCGUGGCUGGUGGUAACAUCCUCAUGCAGAAUGCUCCAUCUUUAUACUGGCUCGCUGUCGUAUUCCUGGCAUUUGAUGUGUUCUUUGCCGUCUUUUGUGUUGUUUUGGCAUGUUUUAUUGGAAUUGCUCUCUGUUGCUGCUUGCCUUGCAUUAUAGCUAUUCUUUAUGCUGUUGCAGGCCAGGAAGGUGCAACAGAUGCUGAUUUAAGUUUGCUUCCUAAGUAUAGAUAUCAAGUGUCCAAUGAGCCUUCUCCGGGGGAUGGGUUGAUGAUUCCAGUAGAGACUAGCAGUAGAUACUUGACGACUGAGCGUGUUCUAUUACGCGAGGAUGCGGAGUGCUGUAUAUGUCUUAGUCAAUACGAGGACGGAGCCGAGCUUCAUGCUCUUCCCUGCAAUCACCAUUUUCAUUAUGCGUGUAUCACAAAAUGGCUGAAGAUGAAUGCAACAUGUCCUCUGUGCAAGUACAACAUUCUAAAAAAUAGUGAACCCGUGUAAUGCUGAAGAUGAAACGAUGCAGUGAGUUCCUGGUAUGUUUGCCGUCCUUGUACAUAUAAAUCAGAUAGUGAUCCUGCUGCAUUGUGGUUGAAACAUGUUACACUUUUUUUUUUCUUUUUGUCUUUUUUGAUGGGGGGGAGUAAUUAGUUCUCUAGGCCGUUGAAAUUGUGUUCAUGCUGGUCGAUAUCUGUUGUACUUAAUCAGUCGACUCGUUUGAUCUGUAGCAACAAUUAUGAAUGUCUUUCCGGUCAAUGUGCUCAGAAUAACAUUUAUUAUUCAACUUCUACCA